CGGGACCUGCCGUGGGGUGCAAGAGAAGAAAUUCUGUUCGAUCUUUCCAAUGGCAUAUGGACCGUGGUUAAGAAAAUAUCUAUGGUCGUGACGUUUUUGUUAUCGCUGGCCUUAAUGCCGGGCGUGACGCUGGCAGAAGAAUGUACUCUUUAUCAACUGCACGCUUGCUUAGAGUCCCUGCAGUCAGUAACACAAGGAAAUGACUUGACUCUGGUCACAACCCGACCAGAGCUUCUUGCAGUAUGCAGUACUCUUAAGGAAAGCGUCUCUUGUGUCGACGAACAUAUGAAACAUUGUUUCAGUCCAACGCAAAGAAAAGUAUUCAAUCACGUGGUGGCUGGAGCCAGGCAGUUCUUACUUGAACUUUGUGUUUCCGGACCGAUGCAAGAAGCCUAUCUAAAGCAUUCACCGUGUUACAGAAACGUUUCAUUGUCAGAAGAAAAAUGUGCCCCCCUUUACCGUCAUUUGGUUCAAAUUUCGGCGAAUGUUGACGAAAAAAGAAGUGUUGACGAUGGUCUUCGAGAAUCAUGUUGUGCUUUCAAUGAAUUUGUUCACUGCAAGUACGUGCACGUGACGAGAGACUGCGGCCAUGAUGCAACAGCGUUCCUCCAACAGCAUCUGGACAGAAUCUCCAGUCCUUUGAUUCACGAGCAUUGCGCCCACUACACGUAUCCGGCCGACUCGUGCUCUACGUCAGCUUGCACUUUCUUAACAGCACUCUGUCCUCUCACCUCGUUCAUAAUACUGGGUGCUUUGCUGUUCGUCAUAACGUACUCGUUAAAACAACGGUGAGAGAAAAACUAAAUAUAGACUAUUUUCUAUUUUUGCAACUUUUUCGUGUAAAGAGAAGAUUUCUUACGCAUCGGAUGAUGUUCUAUGAGGAAUGCUUUAUCAGACUUCAGAAUGAUGUAUUAUUACAAGCUCAAUGUAAUUCCACAAUCAAUUUGAAAUUAAGUUCGAGUAAAAUGUGAAGUGCAUCAUUUGUAUAUAUUACUGCUGCGUUGUCGUUUAAUCACUGAGCUAUGUAACUAACCAGAGUACAAUCUACUGCUCUAUAAAUAGAGUCCGUUGUUUUCUGUUAAUAUGACAGCUAC